AUGAUGAAGGAGCCGGUCAGAGGGAAGCCGGCUCCGCUCAGCCCUGCGCUCUUCAGCCAGCGGCUGCGGGCCAGGGAAAUCACGGCCAACACCAUGAACGUGGACAACCAAAAACCAGUGCAGUUUGUGGGGGACACAGCCCGGCUGGAGGCGCGGUUCUUAGGGCGCGAUGUGCGCUGGAGAGGAGACGUGUUCAUCCUGGUGUUCAGCCUGGACAACCGCGACUCCUUCGAGGAGGUGCAGAAGCUCAAACAGCAGAUUCUCGACACCAAGUCUUGCCUCAAGAACAAAACCAAGGAAAACGCGGACGUGCCCCUCGUCAUCUGCGGCAACAAAGGUGACCGGGACUUCUACCGCGAGGUGGAGCAGCGCGAGAUCGAGCAGCUGGUGGGCGCCGACUCCCAGCCCUGCGCCUACUUCGAGAUCUCGGCCAAGAGAAACAGAAGCCUGGACCAGAUGUUCCGCGCGCUCUUCGCCAUGGCCAAGCUGCCCUGCGAGAUGAGCCCGGACCUGCACCGCAGGGUGUCAGUGCAACACUGCGACGCGCUGUACAAGAAGGCGCUGCGGGGCAAGAGGCUGCGGCGCGCAGGCGGAGACCCGGACGACGCCUUCGGCAUCGUGGCGCCCUGGGCGCGCCGUCCCAGCGUGCACAGCGACCUCAUGUACAUCCGCGAGAAGGCCAGCGGCGGCCAGGCCAAGGCCAAGGAGCGCUGCGUCAUCAGCUAGGAGCCCCCGCCCCCGCGGGGCCGCAGAACCUCAGGAGGCCCUUUUGUCCAAAAGUCUACUGUCACGGCUGAGCGCACACGGACGGGCGUCUUCCCUCCCGGCGCCGGGCCAGGCGCGGGGGAGGCUCCGGACCAGAAAGGACCGUCAUCUGCUCCGGAAGGAAAGAGGACUGGCUGAGGCCGGACCCCCACCACCCCCACGACUUGGGGACAAGUCCCAGCAGAGGGUGGGUUUGCCUCACUUCUCACAAAGACCUACGAAUGGGGUGAGGUGGGAGUUAACCACCCACGGCUGGGCCGGAGGGCCAGGACUAACUGGCGCUAGCUUGUCCGUGACUGGGGGUCCCGCGUUGGCUGGCCUGAAACGAGGGUACGGGUCAGAGUGGAGGGAGUGACUUGUUUACAUGUGUGUGCAACGGCACAAAGUGAAACGAAACAGAAACCUUGCACUUUAUUAGCAGCUCUGGUGUCGCUGUGACAUGAACAAAACCAUGCACGGCUGUUUGUACCAUGUGUGUGAGACAGUCUCUCAAGUUAUUAUUUGUAUUUUUUUAAUAUAAAAUAAAAUACUUUAAAAUAGAAAA